AUGAAUAGGACGUCUUCCACUGCCAGAGCAGUAUCGUUGAGAGUGUCAACGAAGUGCAAUAAUCUUAUGUCAUGGCUCAAACGGACGGAAGGUCCCUUGAAAAAAGAAACUGCAGCAAAGAUUUCAUUUGUUGAGGGGAAAGAAAGCUUAGUCUCAGGAAAAGAUGUUACGUCACAAGGAUCAGUAGAGUAUCUAAAAAGUCUGGUUGAAGAUACUAAUUGGCGAAAAGUGCUUUUGGUUGAGUUUCAAAAGGAAUAUAUGGAUAAAAUUGUUAAAUUUUUGAUAAUGGAAAAGGAAAAGGGAGUGAAAAUUUAUCCACCUCAACAUCAAAUUUUCAACGCUUUCAACCUCACUCCGCUGCAGCAAAUUCGCGUUGUGCUUAUAGGUCAAGACCCUUAUCAUGGCGAAAACCAGGCACAUGGACUGUGCUUCUCAGUUUGCAAAGGUGUCAGACUUCCACCCUCACUUAUAAAUAUCUACAAAGAACUGAAGACGGAUAUACCAAAUUUCAAAGUUCCUGCCCACGGCUGUCUCGAGUCUUGGGCUCAUCAGGGUGUCUUUAUGUUGAACGCAACACUGACCGUUGAAGCUCAUCGACCAAAUUCGCAUAAUCAUAUCGGGUGGCAAAAGUUCACUGAUGAAGUAAUUCGAAUCAUUUCACGUGAAUGUAAAGGAAUCGUCUUUUUGCUUUGGGGGGGAUUCGCUCACAAGAAAGAAUAUAUAAUUGACAAGAAAAAGCACAUUAUUAUCAAGACUGCACAUCCAUCUCCACUAAGUGCACGCAUGUUUUUGGGUUGCAAAUGUUUUUCGAGAACCAACGAAGCUCUGAUGAAACUUGGGCAACCGGUUGUUGAUUGGGGUGCAUUCUGA